UACAACAAGUGAGUGAACUGUUGCUCUGCAAAUAAAGUCGCUCUGCAGCGGGAUUUCUGCGGGGCGAAAGUCUGCAAAAGUAACUCGUCGCAAUGUGUGAUUUUAUCUGAGGGAGCGCUGCGCGACUUUUGCAUUGUGUUGUUACUCUUUUUUUAUUUCUUAUUUCCCUUCCUCCGUGUCUGCUCGGUGUGAGCGCUGCCUUCAUUGUGCGGUCCCGGCCACCAUGCAGGAGUCCUGGAUGAGAUGCUGCAAGUUGAAAUAUUAGUGUGACUUUGAGUUUGUAGCUGCAGCGAAACUUCACCCGAUGCGACAGUGAAAAGCGCACAGUCUUGGAGGGAUUUCAUUCCGGUCCUGGAGCAGCUUUUCCUGCGGCGUUUCCAUCUGAACCCGCAGCGUGGAAAAAAUAUCACUGAGGACCGGGUAUAAAAGACAGAAAAAAACUAGAUUGCAACACAUUCAGUGAUCUCCUGUGAUGCUGCGAUAAAAUGUUCUCUGCUUCAUCCAAGCUGCAUUUAAAACGAAAUGUCCCACAUUCAAUGCGAUUUGGCCUGCCCUUUCCUCAGAAUUUGCCUUUUUACGACCUGUGACAAAUCUGUACUUUGGAUGGAGGGGUAGACUGCUGAGAUAAAUCUAAUCCCGGCUCCUAUAACAGCAUCUAUAGAGAGGUGUGAGCCCAUCAACCACAACACAAGAAGGGAGAAAAGAGCAGAGAUUUAGCAGUUCCCUUGUUCUUCUCUUCUCAUUCGUGGACAGACAAGUAAAGCGCCCUUCCCCGUAUGUGGUGGGUGAGAUGAACUCCAGUGGGAAUACUGUAGACCCCACCUGACAGCUCUCUGCCUGAUCAACUGAAAGCUUUUCACUGGAGCCUCCAAAACCCCAGAGCUGGAUUAAAAAAAAAAACAGUUGCCAAAAAUCCAACAUCUCAACGGUGAUGCUCAUUUUUGACAAAUACAUUUAAAAUAUUUGUUAUUUUUGUCCUGCAAAAUGAUGUAUUAUCUUUAGACAGGUCGACAGCCCUCUGACACCGUGAACCAGAGGACACUGAAAUAUUUAAGGAUACAAAACAAAUGUACUGAACACCAAGAAAUGGAAAAAACUAUUCUCCCCCUGACUCCUGAUUUUCUCCUGUCUGAGACUUGCCUGUCCCAUUUAUAGAAUAGCCCCGCAUUUUCUUUCUCUGCCCCACAGUCACAUAUUUUCCUCCUCCACCUUCUCAAUCCAGUAGUUACUUUCUUCAGCUUUCAGUCUGGCCGGCACAACCAUUCCAGCUAAGGGGGAGGAGGACUUUCUCACGCUGGCCGCCUCCCGGCUCAGCCGCAAGAAACGUGUCAUCGGGGCUGGAGUCGGCGUGGCCAUGGUCCUGGUCCUGCUGGUGGCCAUUCCCCUAUUGGUCCACACCACCAAGGGGGGAGGGUCCGGAGGAGGGGGCACGCGUUACGAGAUGCUCGGGAGCUGCAAGAUGGUGUGUGACACUUUCACCCCCCCACAAGGAGAGCUGACACCCGUCUCCCCUCAGCCCCCAGACUUCUCAAACCGCAGGGGCAAGCAGGGCUUCAGAGGGAGCCCUGGACUUCCUGGUCCUCCAGGUCCUAAAGGGCCCCCCGGAGAACCCGGCAAGCCGGGCCCCCCUGGUCCACCAGGACCUGGGCCUGGUGGCUAUGGCCCAUCGUUCUACAGUCCCAAAAUCGCCUUCUACGCAGGCCUGCGGAAACAACACGAAGGGAGUGAAAUACUGAAGUUUGAUGAUGUGGUGACCAAUGUAGGGAACUACUAUGAACCGAGCACCGGCAAGUUCACCUGCCCUCUGCCUGGCAUCUACUACUUCACCUACCACGUCCUGAUGAGAGGAGGUGAUGGGACGAGCAUGUGGGCUGACCUGAAAAAGAACGGACAGGUUAGGGCCAGUGCAAUUGCUCAAGAUGCAGAUCAGAACUACGACUACGCCUCCAACAGCGUCAUCCUGCACCUGGAUGUGGGGGAUGAAGUGUGCGUACAGCUCGACGGCGGCAAAGUUCACGGUGGAAACACCAACAAAUACAGCACCUUCUCUGGCUUUCUCAUCUACCCUGACUGACAGUAUAUACUCACAUUUAUAUACUUUCUCUCUCUCUGUAAUCAAGCAAAAAGUUUUCUCUUCUUUCUGCAUCUAACACCACCAUGCCUCCAUAAUGUAAUUUGUCAUUUCAACGCUGUCCAGUACACAAAACAUGUAAUAACAUGAUCACAGUUAACAAAUAGAGAAUUUGUGUAAAAAUGAAUAUAGUAUUGUAUAUAUUACCAGUUAACAUUUACUUCUGAUACACACACUUGUGUAAUCAUUUUCUGUGCCAUGUACAGUAUGUGUAAGCAUGGCUAAAACCACAUGAUUCACACUUGUUUCACAUUCACACAUCGGCUUGUACACACACACAAAGGCGUGCUCACAUGAAUUGAACUCCUGCCAUCAGUUGUUACACUAAGACAAGAUGACCAUUUCAGCCACCGGUCUGAAAUCGACUGCAAUGAUCUCUGAAUGUAGACUGUAAAUCGAGGUGUGUGUACGUGGCUGCAGCCUCUCGCCUGCACUGUGAGAUGGAUUUCCACACAAGAAAAGUCAUGAAUAUAUUGAUCGCAGCUGAUAAUACAGCCAACACCAUGAGCAUAAUCCAGUGUGUUGUAUGUCUGUGUUCAUGCCUGUGUGCAAGCAUACAUGUGUGUGUGAACAUGAGGUGUAAAAGCAUCACGUUGCUGUUGGUUUGACUUUCGCUCUCUCCAGCUCCUGUUAAAAGAGGAGGUGUCAAGUUGUCGGUAACAGUCCCUUAACACACACAGUAUAUUGAUACUGAGGUUUAGCUUUGAGAUUACCCUGCGUGGAGCUCAUAGCAGAGCCUCAUUAUGUCCUGCUAAUAAGCUGAGGCCUCCUCUACCGCCUCAUCUGUUUUGUCACAGUUAAAUCUGGCGUCCAAAGUUUGUAUGUAUGACUUUGCUGAAAUAGUUUGACAUUUUCAGAAAUGCACUUAUUUGCUGUCUUGCCGAGUUAGAUAAGAUGAUUGAUACCACUCUCAUAUCUGUACAGCACAGUUAGAAGCCUGUUAGCUUCGUACAGCACAUGGGCUGGGUUACAAUCAGACUGCAUAAAAGAAGCGGACAUAGGUACUGUGAUGUCACCCAUUGGUUAGUGAGCAUCUGUUCUGAAGCCUCGAGUUUGGAAUUCUGACCGUCCCCAUUUGGAGGAGAGGGUGGAGCUGUGGAGGAGCGAGGGAUGGAUCCAUUGGUGUUGUGGAGGGUAUACUGGGUGUGCCCACCUCUUUUUCUGGCCGUUUACAGAUACCCACCCCUCAGCCACAGAGCCAUUGGAAAAGAAUAUACCCACUUCCUCCUCGGUAGCCUACCCAUCUACCUAGUAGUACACCCACCUCAUCAACUACAGCUACACCACUGGGUGGAUCUGACCGCGAACCUGAGGAAACUGCCAUGGUAGCGACUUGUCAGUCAUGAGGAAGCCACGCCCUAAAGCAUACCCUGCUGAAUCGUCUAUUUGACUCUAAAUGUAACUGUAACUGUAAUUUACAAAAUGAGCACCAUGUUGUAUUGACGAAGACUUUAAUCUAGCGUAUAGACUCAUAAACUCAUUAGGGAAAUGCUUACUGAGGUAAUAAAUCAAGUGAGAAGUUCGGUCAUUUUCUCAUUGACUUCUAUACAAUCAGGCUCCGUUUUGCAACCUGUGGAGUCGCCCCCUGCCGGCCAUUAAAAAAAUGCAGGUUUAAGGCACAUCUGCAUUGCCUUCACUUUUAAGAUCCGGAGAUAACCUCUUAGUAAUACUAGAAAAGAGGUGGUUCAUACGACAUGUUUUUGGACCACACUGAAAAUAAAAAGAGUUUAUCAAUCACCUGAAAGGUUACACUGGAAGGACAAGUGAA